AUGCUAAGUAAUUUGUCUCUCGAACGUUUAUAUUUGACACCGCCUCCAUCUUGGUCCGAUUUACAGCGUCAUGUUCAACAACGAAAUAUGAAUUUCAACAAUAUAAAUACUAAUUUAAAUCAGCAAUUGCAUAAAUGUUAUGAAAAACUUUUAACUCAUUUAUAUCUGACUGAGCCUAACUCUUCUUCUAUAAUACCAACAGUAUCACGUGUUACGUCUAACGAACGUCUUUAUGAUCAGUUAGAAUUAGCUGCUCAAUAUUGUAAUAUAAAACUGUUUAAAGAUAGUUCAAAUAUCUAUUUUCAUUGUGAUCAAUUUUUUAUUGAAAUUAAUUUUGACGAUGAGGAAAAAUUACAAUCCGUUAAUAUAUGUAUUACUGAUUCGUCUUCAACAGGCACAUCAUCUUCAACGAACGCAACCACAAAUGGAAUUGAAGGUGACAAACUUUCAUGUCCUCACAUGUGUGAAGCGUUGAGAUCUCAAAAUUAUUCACUGUUUCGUCAACAUUUAAGUGGUUAUAUGUCUAUGUAUUGUUUAACAGAAAAUGAUUCAAAACGUCUUGGCUAUAAAACACUUAAAACUUUAGAAUAUGAUUUAUCUUUACUACACAAAGAAAGUAUUUAUAAACAAUUACAGGGUUUUCAACCGUCUUGUGAAGGAUUACCAAUGAAAAUACGUUUGAGUGAAAAUCAAACAAAUGGUGUAGAAAUAAGAAUUGAUAACUCGAAUGGUGAAAAUUAUGAUCCCUGUCCACUGUAUGUUCUUAUCAAUUUAUGUCCGUCAUCCACAUCCAAACAAUAUUUAUUAGCUCAUAAAUCUGUUAUUGAAUUUCAUGCUCAUCAGUCAUCAUCUGCAAAUAAUUUUAUGGAUUUAUCUGUCAAUUCUGACAUUAGAUUUAUUCCACAGACAUUGGACAAUAGUUCAAUGUUAUCAGGCUAUUUUGUUUUAGAAUUUCAUCGACCGUUUCUCAUAUUAUCAGCGAUCGCUAAUGAUAUUAGAAUUUUAACAGAUAUUGAUAAUUAUUCAUCUUUAACAACAUUGCAAUAUUUACAAGCAAUAAUGACAAAGAAAUUAAAUAAAGAGAUCAAGUAUUAUCUGUCAGGAGAUAUGUCGGCAACUCAAUUAAAACAGAUAGGCUUCACGAAUCUCUCUCAAUUACUUCAAAUAAUGAAAUUAAUUCAAAAACAAUAUUUUUUUAAUCGAUUAUUGCAAGAAUGCUUUACACAACAAAGGCGUCAGAACAGAGAAGAAUCAAUGGAAUCGGAUGAAGAAGAUGAAGAUAGUGGUGAAAUAACGUGUGAAUUAUGUUUAAUAACUCCCGACAGUUUAUCCGUAUCAUGUUGUCAAUCAAAUUGUUUAUAUACAUUUAUUUUAAACUUAUCUGAUCCUUACAGUCCAAAAAUUAUCUCUACACAUCAACAUGAAGAUCAAGUUAAAUUUAGAACACAUUCAUCUAUUUUAGAACUUAUCUAUUUCGUAUUGAAAAGACAAAAACGAUUACAACAUUCGCAAGAGUUUCGCAAAUCACAACUUACUGCCACCACAACUCAUGAUCCAUCGGUACAACUUCAGCAGUCACAAUCACCCGAUCAAUAUUCAAAAUUAAUAUUAUCGCCACCGAAUCUCACAGCAACAACAAUCAACAAAAUUCAACAACCCUCGCUAAUUCCCUGUGUCACUCGUAGAUUAUCAUUUGGGCCACCUCGUCUCCAAUGGCGUACAACUAAUUCUCUGAAACGUUCUCAACCGUGUUUAACAAUUUCGAAUGAUCGAACAAUUCCACCCACACAGGAUCCCGACGAAUCACCCCCUCAACCACCAUAUGACAUUGAGCAAGAUUUAGGAGAAGCAUCGCCCUCUCUUAUUCGACGUUCUUUAUCAACAGCUGAUUCACCGUUUGUGUCUCUGUUAACUUCACAGUCUGAUCAUUCUCAUGAAACAUCGUCAUCACCUCGCAUAACAACUAAAAAUGGCGAUUAUGGACUGAAAUUGGUUAUAACAACAAAAAAGCCAGUAUCAUACGAUCAGCAACAAUCACAAGAUUCUCAACCGGACUAUCGUAGAAGUACAAGUAAUCCUCAUCCUUUUCUGCCUUCGUUUACAACAACACAACAGCAACCUCUGUUUGAAACUUUACAAUCUGCUGGGUUUUCAUCCACCAUGCCUCAAAAUUUAAUACUGCCACAGACCCCUACAACUCCAAUAAGCAGCGGAGUUCCGCCAACUCCAUCAAGUACACAAUCUACAACUACUCCACCUAUCUUUGGACUGUCACCUUCUACGCCUCCAGCAUCAUUCUUCGGGGGUGGCAGUAAUAAACCAGUCCAACAAAAUUCAUCUCAAGAUUCGAAUGGAAAUGGAAAUAAUUUUAGUCCAAUUCAAUCACCAACUUCGUCAGAUAUCGCUCAAACAGGCGCAUCUUCUACUUCUCAUCAGAAGAUUAAAAAACGUCCACGAUCACAAUCGAAAGACCAAUUGGGUAAUAAUACAGAUGACCAGCCACAACCAUUGAGAGCGACGAAAUUGGCAGAAGUACAACACCAACAAGGUUCAAUCAAGCGGGGCCGAAAAGACAAUGUGAACGGUGGUGGCACAGUUAAACAACAACAACGUAAAAGCACAUUCAAAGUGCAUAGUCAAGAUUCAUUACUAUUACCUUCGUCAGCUUCUGCUCAACAAUCGCAAAUCAAUUCCUCCUUAUCUCAACCAAAUGCAGUGACACCAACAUCUUCUUCAUCCUCACCCGAUUAUACAAAUUCCAACUCAGGCAGUGGUGACUUUAAACCAUUAAAAGUUGUAAUUAAACGAGUUGGGGGCGGGGCAGGUGGCGAAAGUUCGACAACAAUCUCAGACGGAGAACCAUCACAACAGACGAUGACAGGUGUUCAAUCGGUCGUUAAACAACCACGAAAACGACUACCUGGUCAAACACCACCGAUGACAGCCACAAAAAAGAGCACUGCAUCAAAUGUGAUCAAAACAGAAGCUAUAUCUGAGUUAACAGGAAACGAGGGAUCUAUUAGAGAUCGUCCACUUGUUCAAUCUCGUCCGUCUAUGACUGGUCCAUCCGUAAACGCCACUGUGCCAGGCUCAUCGUUAACAGCAAAUCGAUCAAGUUUACCUCAAACUGCUGCACCUUCGAUUCAAAGUGAAGUCAAGCCUCCAAUUGUUUUAAAAAUAAAACGCCACAAUCCAGCUGCAUCACAACUCGAUGUUCCAUUGGCAAAUUCAAUGAGUGCUCCGAACACUGCCCAACUACUUGUUUCUAAAGAAGCAACUAGACAAGAAUUUAAACAUAAUCGAGCCAAAUCUGUACCAAACACCAACGGACAACAGCACCAACCGACAAAAACUGUUCUCACACCACCUAUUCAACCUCCACCACCCGCAACAUCAAUAGCACCCACCUAUAGAAUUCCAAAAGUAUCCAGUCUGAAAAGUAGCACAUCGGCUACAAAUGUUGAACAAUCACAAGUCAUAGCACCAAAAAUUAAAACAGAACCCAUAGAAUCCACUCGGUUUGUAUCCACAAAAAAACCUGUCACCAUUGCAUCUCCUGUUAUGACUGAUAUAAAAGCAUCAAUGACACCAGCGAUGAAAAUUCGUCCUUCUCCACCACCGCCAAAGAACAUCGAUCCACUCUUAGGAGGCAGCUGGCAAUCUCCUCCCGCACAAAUGUCCUCAAAUAAUCCGCGUCAGCUAGGAACAUCCAAUUUAAAUAAACAACAACAACAACAACAACAACAGCAACAGCAACAGCAAAGACUGCCAUGGCAUCAGCAGCGAAUGAGAACAGUGACAUCACCACCCACUGCCACAUAUACACCCUUGCCUCCUCCUCCGUCAUAUAAUAAUAACGCCUCACCACAAAUGCCUCCACGAUCGAUUCUGAAAAAAGCGUCAAGUGAACAAAGCACUACAGACUCUCAAGAUGAUUAUCAUUCUUCAUUAGGAUCUCGACCAUUAUUACAGCCUCCACUUCAAGUUACUCCUAGUCAACAACCGCCGAGACUAAAUCCAUUACAAACUCAACCUCCUUCCACUCCAGUUCAACAGCAAUCGCCAAUGGAUGAUGAGUAUUUUGAUGACGAUUCACCUAGUUCACAAUUAGUUAUUGAUACAAGUAGUCAAAGUACAUCGUCUGUGAGUGGUGGUGGAAAUUCCGUAACUCCGAAUGCACCGUCGGGAACACUACCCUAUUCUCUUAUCAAUAAUAAUACGAAUAAUAAAAAUGCCGACGAAGAUGAACUUAUGAAUGAAGCAAUUAUUGGAUAA